AUGGUUAACCAUCAUGCAAAUAUAAUCGGAUUCUAUGGAGUUACUAAAUUAGAAGGUGAGGAAAUGUAUUCGCUUAUUCUCGAAUAUGCGGAAGGUGGGACACUAAGAGAUCAUCUAAGGAAUAAUAUUGUCAAAUGGAAUAGCCAACUAAGGGACACAAUAAAAUUGGCAGAUUUUGGACGUUCUUUUGAAAAAGGAAAGGGUGAUAAUAAUACUGAAGUAUGGGGAGUAGUACCUUAUGUGGAUCCUAAAAUGUACGAUAAAACAAUUCUGUAUAAGUUAAACGAGAAAUCUGAUAUAUAUUAUUUGGGAGUUUUAUUCUGGAAGUUGGCCAGCAGCUCAUUACUUAUUGAUAGUCCUGAAGAUAAUUAUAUUAUGCUUGGAGCGGCUGUACCAAACACGAAUGAUAAAUUCACUGUACUUUAUCAAAAAUGUUUGAAACAAGAACCAGAUGAACGACCAAAUAUUUCUGAAGUAAAUGAAACACUUAGUAGUAUUGAUAAUGAUGAGUCUACUGUUUCUGAUUCUGAAGAAAGUGAAUACUCCAUUUAAAUAAGAAUUGUCAAAAACUUUAGUGUCACUUCAUUGAUGAUGUAUAAAAAAAUGGGAUCUGGUACAUCAGAGAUGAAAUUUUUGUUACGCAAACU